UCGUAAAUGUAACGCCUCAGGCGUUCCUCUUCUCUAGUGAAAAAAUGAAAGGAGAUGACAUGAUUUCGUUCUCAGACAGCAAGGACUGAUUUUGAAUUUUCGAACAGAGAAGGCGUUUCAUUCGGUCAAAAAGAUCAUAGCCUCCUAUAUCCGUUUCAGAUAUUCAUAGCGGUACUCGAGUUGUGCUUCGUUCAGUUAACACUUUCGAUAACGACGCAUCUUGACUGACGGCUGCAGCGGCUCGAGAAAAAUAAAACAGUGAAUAUUUCAUCAGGAGAUCAAGGCAGCAAGGUACGGUGUCGGACUGCGUAAUUACCAAAGUGGCUUCAAGAGAGGUUUGUAGAAGACUAAAACAGAGGGAGCAGCCAAACACUAACAGCUGAUAUUUCCGCUUGUAUAGAUGUUAGUGGCAAUUUAACAGAAAUUUGACGGUCGCAGACAUGGAAGGUACCUGUAUAAAACUCGAAGAGGAAAGUAUUUUGGAUAACCGUACCCCAAUGGAUGCUGUUACCACGCAGCGUGACAUGACAGUGAUAAAUUCCUCGAAAGAGAACGAGCACGUAGUGGGAUCAUCGAAAAACAGCGAGAUUCAAGAUGCAAUCGGAAGCGCUGACUGUAGCGAUCAUUCGUUCGCUGACAAAAAGAGCACAUCCAGCGAAGACCCACUUCUCUCCUCGUCGGCUGUCGCGCCCUUAAAGGACGGGUGUGCCGACUUGACUGAAGAGGAUGAGUGUAGAAUUUGUCAAAGUAGAGGAGAAGAAGUUUUAAUCAGCCCGUGCAAAUGCGCUGGGUCUGCGAAAUGGGUUCACGAGAGUUGUCUGGUAAAGUGGUUCCAAAUUUCCCAAACGACCUCGUGUGAGCUGUGUUCACGAUUUGUGGUUAUCAGGAAGCGGACAAAACCGUUUCAGCAGUGGCGCAUACCCCGCGAUGGACUGGGACCUUGCAGUCGCUUGGAUCUCUGGUACUUGUUUGUCACAAUAUUUAGUAUUUGCACCAUUUUAGGAUUUGGUAUUUUUCAAAUGUUAGUCAAGUCCAAGGAGCCGGAAACAACUGCAGUGUUUGCCGCUAUUUAUGCUCUUUGUGGAAUAAUGAUCCUCUUGAGAAUUCACUACUUCUACGUGUGGUUCACUCGACGAAGCAAAUUUUGGCGAAAGUGGAAAACUGAGAAUCGAGUCUGGACUGUGGCCUCUCCUGGAACAGUUCUGAAGUACAACGAAGAGGGUACAAUUGUAUGAGAGUUCUAGUUCUUUUAGAUCGUGUGAUUUUCUUAUAACGUCCGCAAAACUCUUGGUUGCGGAACACAUGGACACAAAGAUGUCACAAACCAAUCUUACCUCAAUGUAUUUUGGAACCUCAAUUUCUUUAGAUACUGAUCAAACUGACAGUUUUUUGUCUUAGGUUUACAUAUUUUCCGAGAAAAUCGUUGUUAAUUCAUGUUAAAAUUUUGAUGAUUCCAAUGAUAUUUGGAAGAAAAAAAAAAAGAAAAUUAUUCGCUUCAAUUUAAAGAGAGAAAUCGCUCAAAGCUGUUAAGGGAGAAGGUUCCUUUUAGGGCGCUUACAAUAAGGUAGAAAUGACUAAGCGGAUCAGUCGAUGAAAUUGCUGCUUCAUUCACUCAGCCUAAAUUUUGUUGGUUCAAAUAGGAAAAAGAUCCUACCUGGUCUUUUGCAGUUUUCUUUCCUCAAACACUACUUGAGGGUGCUGCUUGUUUGGUCUCGUUAUUCGAGUUCUUGAGAAAAAUAUAAACGAGGCCGACUAGAGUGUUACCUGCUUAUUUUUGCGAGAUUAUAAAAUGCAUUGUAUCCUUUCUUUGUUUUUCUGUCAGUUGACGAAGACAAGUUCCGAUUUUCGUGAUCCAUUAUUUUCUACUUUGUGAACGGUGUCACAGACCCUAUUUAGCGACCAUCGUUGGGCCCGUCCCGAUUGUGCUUGGCAACUUUUGAGAAAUUUAAACUUUUGGUGUUUGGAGCAACCUCUUGCGGUUUUAGCAACUUCAAGCAAUUUUUGCUUUUCUGAGCAAUUCUUGAGCAAAAUAUAGGAUUAAAGUAUUUAUCAAGCGUGAAAAAGGAAACCAUUUCAAGAAAAACCAACAAAUAGCCUGUCACGUGACAACAAUUCCCAGGCCUAUUGCGAUCUUUAUCGAAUCUUGUGACAUAACUGGUUGAAAUGACGUUGGCAGGACUUCAAAUGAGCUUUUCGUUUUCUUCCGUUUGACCGAAGUAUCGUUACAUUUCGCCCACAUUUGCGAGCAACUCUUUAAAGCUAAGUUUCGAGCUAUUUCUCUUGUCCAAUUUUCAGCAAUUAUUGUGAAUAACGAAAAAGAAAGCUUGUAAUCAACGUUCAUUUAAGGAUAUCAAGAAAUUUAGGUAGCAAAUUUUGAAAUUUAGGUAACAACUUUUUAGGUUUUUGACAAUUUUUUAGCAACUUUUUGGUAUUACGGCGAGGAACUUUCCAGUAUUUUACGAGCACUAUCGGGACAGGUCAACCAUCGUUGUAGCAACAAUCGUCCCAUCUUGCCAACUUUACUUGUAAAUACGAUGCAAACUAUUCGGGAUAUUAUAUCGUAGGCGAAUUAAGAAUUUAUUCGACGAAAUUUUAAAAAAAUAAUUUUUUGCUACCAAGCAGCUUAAGUUUGAUAGAGAUUCAUGUCAUGACAAAUUUUAUUAAGAAACGAAUUAAAAAUUCAGUUUCAGUUCA